UCCACCAAUUCCUGUGGACUUAAAACAAACACUCAUCAAAACAUCGUUUCCUCCAAUGUUGCCUUUCCUCCUCCUUCUCCUUCUAGCCGCAUUUCUCUUUCUCACUGUAUCACUUCUGCUACUAUCUCACCUCAACCCAACUAGACGUAACCGGAAACAACCGCCAGGUCCACCGGCCUGGCCGGUGAUCGGCAACCUCCACCUGCUGGGUAACCUCCCUCACCGAUCCCUUCACUCUCUGGCCAAACGCUAUGGUCCCAUCAUGUCCUUCCGACUAGGACAAGUCCCUGCUGUUAUCGUAUCUUCCCCCGAAGCUGCGGAGCUGGUGCUCAAGACUAACGACGCCGUUUUCGCAAGCAGGCCAAAAACUCAAGCUUCCGAGUGCCAGUAUUACGGGUCCAAGGGCUUAAUUUUAUCAGAGUAUGGUCCCUACUGGCGCAGCAUGAGAAAACUGUGUGUUUGGCAGCUGCUUACGGCGUCGAAUGUGGAGAAGUCUGGUGCAAUAAGAAGGGAGGAGGUGGGAGAGAUGGUGAAGUCAAUAGAUAAAUUGGCAGCGGCGAGUGAGGCGGUGGAUCUGAGGGAGAAGGUGGAGGAGGUGGUGGAGAACACAAUGUAUAGGAUGAUACUGGGGAAGAAGGGGACCUACAGAUUUGAUGCGAAAAAGCUUGUUCACGAAGCCGUGCGCCUAGCUGGAGUCUUUAAUCCUGCAGAGUAUGUACCCUUGUUGUCGUCCUUUGAUGUUCAGGGUUUGACCAGGCAAUUAAAGAAGAAUAGCAAGGAACUUGAUGAGAUGUUGGAAACGAUCAUUAAGGAGCACGAGGAGAAAACUGAUGAGCAGAAAAAUGAAGAAAGAGACUUCGUGGACUUAUUGCUAUCUUCCAAGGAUUUGCCUGACGAACAAAGUCAUCACGUCAUUGAUCAAACCAACGUCAAAGCCAUCCUCUUGGACAUGAUUAUUGGCGCAUUCGAAACUUCUGUUGCUGUCACUUUAUGGGCUUUUUCAGAACUCCUGAGAAAUCCAAGGGUGAUGAAAAAGCUCCAGCAUGAACUAGAAAACAUAGUAGGAACAAGCAAACUAGUAGAACAUUCUGAUUUACCGAGGUUGAGUUACUUGGACAUGGUGAUUAAGGAGACUAUGAGACUAUAUCCUGUUCUGCCUUUACUGGUCCCUCGUGUGAGCAUGGAGGACAUCACACUUGAUGGAUAUUACAUAAGGAAGAAUACACGAGUGAUGGUGAAUGUAUGGGCUAUAGGACGAGAUCCGGAAAUAUGGUCAGAAAAUGCUCAAGUGUUUUAUCCUGAAAGAUUCAACAAUAGUGAUGUAGACCUUAAAGGACAUGACUUCCAACUCAUACCUUUUGGUUCUGGUCGAAGAGUGUGCCCAGGCAUGCAAUUGGGUCUGACAGCGGUUAAGUUUAUUUUGGCACAAUUGGUGCAUUGCUUCAAUUGGGAGCUUCCACCUGGCAUGUCACCCAGUGACAUGGAUAUGACUGAAAAGUUCGGUCUCACAAUGCCAAGAGACAGCCCUUUGCUAGCUCUUCCAUCUCAACGUGUUGUUAUUAAUUAAUUGAUGAACCUUAUUUCCGACAAUAAUAUAAUUAUAUUGUUUACUUUUCGUCCUAAGUUAGUUCCUAGAUGAAUAAUGAUUUGCAGCCUUGUUAUUGUAAUCAAUGUAAGGCGUGAUGUAUCGUGUUAUAUAUUAUGAAACUCUACUUCUAGUCA